AUGACAAAGCUAAGCUCCCUCCUGUUACCGUUGUUCAUCGGCGUCCACUCCAUCAUUGCGGCGCUAGUGGACUUGUCAGAGGGAUUCUGUCGCAGUUACAAGUUUGGCUCAAAUAUUGCGAAUAACGUUCUCUAUCUUAACGGCCUGGACGGCGGGCUCAUACCAGCCGAUGGCGACGCGUCAACUAAUCUAGCUUCCAUAGACGACUACCUCGUCCAGCUGGACCUCACUCGGAAGUUUUCGGUGGACGUUGGAUCAUACUAUCGGAUGAGCCUGAUAGAUCCCGCUAUUCCAAAACUCAAGGACCAAGCCCUUUGGUCGAGUCAGGACAACAGCACACUCUAUUGCUACGGCGGACGUGGAGUCAGCAAUACAUCAGCGGAUAAUGGGAUAUGGACGUAUAAGACUGCGGAAAAAACAUGGCAGCUCCAACAGGCGAGUGUGAGGCCUGUUCGGCUCGUCAAGGGCGCUUACGUGAAUGCUCCUCGUAUCCAAAGCGCGUACUGGAUUGGCGGUUAUCAAAGCAAUGAUACAUCACUCGCCAUAGGCUCAGAGCUGAUCUUUGCGAAAGGAAUGAUACAGCUGAACACCACAACGGGAGAGUUAAAAGAACUAGAUUCCCCUUUCCCCGGGGUGCAGCAGGGAGCUUUAGUAUAUGUCCCUGUUGGCGAACUUGGAAUCCUAGUGUUUAUGGGCGGCGAAGUGCCUUCAGUGACCAGCGAAGUUGGAGCAAAAAUCAACUACACGCCCAAUAGUUGGAAUUAUGUGCAAGUAUACGAUAUCGCCAGCGGUAAAUGGUUCAACCAGACAACGUCAGGUCUCGCCAUAGAACAAAGAACGGAAUUCUGUGCUGUCGUUCUGCAUGAUGAAUCCUCGUCCUCGUAUCAGAUCUAUGUUCUUGGAGGCGGAACGUUUUCAUCCACCAAAGCGCUAUCCGAUGUGUCCUACCUAUCCAUCCCGUCGUUCAAAUGGUACCAAGCAGCAAGUCUCGAUGAGCCUCGAAUGACACUUACAUGCGAAGCAUACGGAAGGCAAAUCUUUGGAAUUGGCGGACGGAAAGCGCGGUAUGAUGAUGCCAGAGCUGGUUGUUAUACCAUGCCUGCGUUUCUCUAUGACACCAAAGUAGAAAGUAUUGUGACGACAUUCGAUCCCGCACUAGUCGACUAUUCUAUCCCCUCAGCAACUAAAAAGGACAUCGAAGACUCCCCGUUUCCAUCUACCUGGGCGGAUCCAGAUCUAGAAAGCCUUUUUCCCCCUAACGCAACAUCCUCCAACACUCUACUACCUACUCCAUUCAACUACAACAGCAAGAAUGAAAUCCCCGUCGGCGCUAUAGUUGGCGGAGUCAUUGGGGGCGUGGCAGCAGACGGCGGCACGCCAGAGUCCAGCGUUGGACAGCAGUCGAAAGACCGAAAGGAUCUCAAGAUGGUGACUAUUCCAAACCUGAACUUCCAGUAA